CUGUUAUUGACUCAACAUGCUUUCUUGAAAUUUCAUUGCUCUACUUUGGCUCAAAUCUAUCAAUACAGGUCUUUCAAGAACUCAGACUCAGGUGUCAGACAAGAUGUUCUUUGUGAAGGGGGUCAAAACAGCACGAGUCACGCAACAAAGGGUAAUUUAUAAGACAUUGUGGGGAAAUGAGCUUAAGGACAAAAAAAGGACAGAAACGGCGCUGAAGGCCGGGGAGGACAGAGCCAUUCUGUUGGGUUUGGGAAUGGUGUUCAGCUCAGUCAUGAUGUACUUUGUGAUCUGUAUCACCAUGGUGCGUGCUUAUGCAGAAAGUGUAUUGCCCGACGAGACCACCUGCACUGUGCUAAACUCCACUCUAACAAAGGAUAUCAAUUGUUCAUACAACUGUGGCUCUGACUGCUGGCGGAGCUCUAAGUACCCCUGUCUGCAGGUCUACGUCAGCCUGAAUGCCACCGGCCGCAUUGGGCUGCUCUCUCACAAUGAGGAGAUGCUGGACGUCAGUUCUGAGUGUUUUUAUGUGCCAAAAUGCCAGAAGGACCACAUCGUCCUGCAUGUUAUGAUCCAGAAUAUUUCAGAGCAUCUGAGGAUGCACCAGCAGGUGACAUGUUACCACGACUCCAGCGAGCAUCAGGGCAGCAUCCUUCUGAACCGUCUGUAUGGCAGCAGCACAGUCUUCCACUCUCUCUUCUGGCCCUCCUGCAUGUUAUCUGGAGGAACGCUCAUCAUACUCAUGGUCAAGCUCACUCAAUACCUUUCCAUACUGUGUGAACAAAUUGGCAAAACUGCAAAGUGAAAGAAGCUCAGUGAUUGACAGACUUAGUGAAUUGAAUGGAGGAGCUUUCAUUUCUCCUUCAAAUGGUUUUCGGCUUCCUGUUGUUCAAGGAUUGACUGGAAAUUGAUAUGUUAUUCUUCCAUGACUAA